UGUGGUCAACAUGCAAAGCAUAUCUUUCUUCAUCACAAACCCUAAUCAACAACAUCAGUUUCAGUUUCAUUAACAUUCGAUUUGCUUUUUGUGUUUUGGAAACUUUUUGAAUUCAGUCCAUCAAGAUUGACUACUUCAACAGAGCUUUCAGUCAGUAGAAAUUUUAUAUUCUAAUUUUAUUGAUGCCAUGGCCAGCUCCGACGACUCCGCCGCCACCGGUAAGUCCUCCGAAGUCACUGACCCUCCAUCUAAACCUCUAUUAUCUUCCUACAUCGAUGAAUUCAACCAGCUCCACCAUUCGCCACCACCCUCCGAAUCGGACCCAUCGUCGUCAUCUCACUAUCCGACGAAUAUCACUUACAACCACCAAUCCCCUCGCCCCAUCAAAGACAUCACUUUCCUCAUCCUUUUCCUCCUUUUCGUCAUCUCCACUUUCGCCUUCGGUAUCUUUGCUUCAAUCAAUAAAAACCCUAAUUCUUCCUCCGUUUCUGCUUUUUCUUAUGAUAUCAGUUCCGAUUCUUGCAUAAAACGCCGUAGCAGCUCAGUUAUCGGGGAUAGAGAUUUCUUUCUUAAUUUAUUCCGGUCUGGUUCUGAUUAUAUCUUGAAGAAUUUGAUACUCACACUUGUAAUUACUUUGAUCUUAAGCAUACCCAUCUCUUUGUUUGUACUCUUUUCACUCAAACAUUACGCCAAACAGUUGGUGUACGUUUCACUUCCCUUUUUCGUAAUAGUCCCUGUGUUCCUAGACUUCUAUUGGUUUAUCACCUGUACCAUUAAUCCCACCUGUAGCCAAGAUUUCCCUUUAGCUUACAGAAUCCUAGUGCUGGUGUUUGUUCUUUUAAUAAUCGGGGUGAUUGUGUGGAUCUUCGUGGUCAAUUGGAGUCGAAUCGAGUUGACUGUGAACAUAAUCAGGGUAUCAUCCGACGCUUUGUCCAAUAACUUAGGGCUGUUCCUCGUUCUUCCCGCAUUGAUCCUUGGGUUGCUCGUUUACUAUGUCCCAAUCGUAGUGUUCUUGGUCUUUGCAAGGUUAAACGGCGAAAUUGUUCCUAGGGAAAAACAAGGGAAGGUUUUUUGCGUGUGGAAACAAGAUAGCUGGGUUCCAGCUUACUUUGCAUUGGCGAUUCUUACGAUGUUAUGGUCUGCAACUGCAAUGGUGGAAGCACAAGUUUAUGUAAUCAGCGGAACCAUCGCUCAGUGGUACUUCUCAAAAGACGAUUCAAAGGCCAAAAAACCCAUACGAAGCUCCCUGAGAAACGCAUUUGGCCCAUCAUUCGGAACAAUAUGUUUCUCUGGAUUAUUAAUCGGUAUUGUUCGAAUCGUGCGAGCUGCUGUUGAUACUGCAGCAAGUGAAGACGCCAGUGGCAUGGUUAACCUAAUUCUACGAUGCUUUGUCAACGCCUUACUUUCAGCCUUCGAAUUUCUCAACAAAUUCACCAUAAAUUUUUCCGCCAUAACCGGUGAAGCUUAUUGUUCAUCUGCUAGGUUAACAUAUGAACUUCUAAGACGCAAUCUUCUCUCAGCUGUUAUCGUACAGACUAUUUCCACUCGUUUGUUGGCUGCAAUCAUCUUUGUUCUGUCAGCAAUCUAUGCGAUUGUGGUUUGUGUGAUAUUAAAUGCGGCAAGUGGGCUAGGGGUAGAUUCGUACUUUAUAGCUGCAAUGGCGUUUGUGGUGUUGAUAGUGGUUCUUGGGUUUUUGGUGAAUGUGCUGGAUAAUGUGAUAGAUACGGUUUAUAUAUGCUAUGCGAUUGAUAGAGAUAAAGGGGAGGUGUGUAAGCAGGAAGUUCAUGAGAUUUAUGUUCAUCUGCCGAUUAAUAGGAAUCAUAAUCCGGCGUAUUUAAAUGCUACAACUCCACUUCUUGGUUUGCAAAGGCGAAGUCGUCGUCAGAGCAAAGGAGAUAGAGGACGACGGCGACCGUGGUGGAUUCUGGACGAGCGAUUUCUGGCGGACACAGUUGACACAAUCAAUGCAAUCGAUGCACAGAUCUUGAAGGUGGAUUUCACAGAUGAAGUUGGAUUUGGGGCAGGAGCAUUAUGGUGA